AUGAAGCACAACUCUAUUGUUGCAUACAAGGUGCGGCUAGAAGAUGUACGAAAGCACCUUCGGGCCAAGUUCAAUGACCAGACCAUUGAGGUCGAGCAUAUAGGAACCGAGUUUGUGUUCUAUCUUCCAGUGACCUUGACUGAAGCUGAGAAAGACGAAAUCUAUGAUCUAGCGCCAUGA